AUGACCCCCGUAUCUAACAAGCCCCGCCGCUCUCAACCGCACCAGAGCCAGCCGGCUCGUCUGCACCGUCAAAAUGCCACACUCCGCGCACCCGAGAUGGCCGUCGAGCAAGCAAAUAUGCGAGGCGCUUGGGACUAUGUCCGCUUUAUACAGCUGCUGAGGCGAGCUGCCGCCGCCGAAAGCCCUUCCAUGGCCCAGUAUAUCGCCCGCCUAGAAGACACUAUGAAUCAGAUCAAUCCUUCCCCGACAUACACGGCUUUGCCGACCGGGAGAGAGAUCAUAAUCGAGCUAUCGGUGCCUGAGCCCGAGUACACGCGGUACGCACGAGAUAAGAAGAGGAAGCGCGAGGAGGAUGACAAUGAGUGA